AUGGCGGUAGCUCAGAAACUUUACCCGCGAGGAACAGUCAAGCGUAUUGUCAAAGCCCACUCCAAUCGGAGCGUGAGCAAGAAUGCCGACAUACUGAUCUUUUUAGACUACAUUCUAUUCAUGCAAGAAUUAAUGCGCGAGGCAUCGAUUCGGUCGCAUAAGUCUGGAGAGAAAAACAUCUCAGCAAAUACCGUGCGCAAAGUUACUGAGGUGCGUUUGAAGUCGAUCUAA